GCGCGGGAGUCGGCCAUGGACUGGAAAGAAGUUCUUCGCCGGCGCUUAGCUACGCCCAACACCGGUCCAAACAAAAAAAAAAGUGAACAAGAAUUAAAAGAUGAAGAAAUGGAUUUAUUUACCAAAUACUAUUCAGAAUGGAAAGGAGGUAGAAAAAACACCAAUGAAUUCUAUAAGACCAUUCCCCGGUUUUAUUAUAGGCUGCCAGCUGAAGAUGAAGUCUUACUACAGAAAUUAAGAGAGGAAUCCAGAGCUGUCUUUCUACAAAGGAAAAGCAGAGAACUGUUAGAUAAUGAAGAAUUACAGAACUUGUGGUUUUUGCUGGACAAACACCAGACACCACCUAUGAUUGGAGAGGAAGCAAUGAUCAAUUAUGAAAAUUUUUUGAAGGUUGGUGAAAAGGCUGGACCAAAGUGCAAGCAAUUUUUCACAGCAAAAGUCUUUGCUAAACUCCUUCAUACAGAUUCAUAUGGAAGAAUUUCCAUCAUGCAGUUCUUUAAUUAUGUCAUGAGAAAAGUCUGGCUUCAUCAAACAAGAAUAGGACUCAGUUUAUAUGAUGUUGCUGGGCAAGGGUACCUUCGGGAAUCUAAAGGGAAGAUAAAAAUUCAAGAUAUUUUAGCAUGCAGCUUCCUAGAUGAUUUAUUGGAGCUAAGGGAUGAAGAACUGUCCAAGGAGAGUCAAGAAACAAAUUGGUUUUCUGCUCCUUCUGCCCUAAGGGUUUAUGGCCAGUAUUUGAAUCUUGAUAAGGAUCACAAUGGCAUGCUCAGUAAAGAAGAACUCUCCCGCUAUGGAACAGCAACCAUGACCAAUGUCUUCCUAGACCGUGUUUUCCAGGAGUGUCUCACUUAUGAUGGAGAAAUGGACUAUAAGACCUACCUGGACUUUGUUCUUGCAUUAGAAAACAGAAAGGAACCUGCAGCUCUGCAAUAUAUUUUCAAACUGCUUGAUAUUGAGAACAAAGGCUAUCUGAAUGUCUUUUCCCUUAAUUAUUUCUUUAGGGCCAUACAGGAACUAAUGAAAAUCCAUGGACAAGAUCCUGUUUCAUUUCAAGACGUAAAGGAUGAAAUCUUUGACAUGGUAAAACCAAAGGACCCUUUGAAAAUCUCUCUUCAGGAUUUAAUCAACAGUAAUCAAGGAGACACAGUCACCACCAUUCUAAUCGAUCUGAAUGGCUUCUGGACUUAUGAGAACAGGGAAGUUCUUGUUGCAAAUGACAAUGAAAACUCUGGAGACCUUGAUGAUACAUGAUCUCUGAAAGACUAGACUGUCUUCAUUAAGAUAUCCUUGGAUGCCGCAUGCAUAACCUUUGAAGCAGAAUCCUUAGAAAUGGUCUAAAUAAAACACUUCAUAUGCCUAGAGAA